AGAUUUUUUUUUUCAAACUUUUCCUGUAGCUUUGAUUUCAAGCGCUCUCUCACUCUUUCGCUUUGGCCGUUUCUCUGGAAGCUAUGAUUCGUCGCGUCGUCGUUCAGCUGUCAAAAACCGUCGCCGCCACCGCCUUUCGAGCUGCGAGUUUGGGCUCCAGCUCCCGUUUUUCUCUUCUUUCUUCGCCAUCGUCCUCACGUUUAGCUUCACCAUGGAGAUUACUUCACGUUGGAAUGGACCGCCCAAAUGCUAGCCCGGUCACUCGUCAGAUGAUCAACUACGCUCUAUCUCAUGCUAGGUCUCAGAGAUCAGACGAGUCGUACGCACAAGGUCUUCUGGUUUUGGAGCAGUGUCUCUCCGUUCAGUCGAGUGAAGGCCAAGAUGCCGAUAACUCCAGGGGAGCGGUAUUGCUUGCUAUGUCUACGUUGCUUGCUGAAAGGGGUGACAUUCAUAACGCUAUAGAUAAGCUUCAGCGAAUUGAGGAUUUAAUACAUUGUUCUCUAGAUAUUAGAGUGGCUGCUCUUGAAGCACUUGCUGGACUUCAUCUCGUGUUAGACCUGAACGAUUCUUCAUCCGCUAUCGCCAAUAAAUGCUUACAACUAUUUAAAAAUGGUGAACUUGCUGAUGAUGGAAAUUCUGAAGUUCUGAGAGCUCGUGUAAAAGCUGUAAAGGGGCUGGUUGAGCUUGUCCAAAAUAACCUUGAUGCAGCUGAAUCGUUAUUUGAAGGAUUUCAGACUAUUGAAAGAUGUGCUGGUAGUGCUGCUUUUACAUACGGAGAAUUCUUAGUGGCUUCACAGAACUUUUCCGCUGCAAAAGAGGUGUACCAGAGAGUAAUUGAAGUGGGAUCAGAAGUCAAAGAUUCGAGUGAGCAAUGUGCAUUAGCUGGUGGUAAUAUGUCUCCGAUGGAGGUUUUAGUGGCUGCGACUUGUGCUUUAGGGCAGCUUGAGGGGAACUUGGGGAAUUUUGCUGAAGCCGAGGAUUUACUGACAAAUGCGUUAACCAAAACAGAAGAAUAUUUUGGAUCUCACCAUCCGAAGGUUGGUGUUAUCUUAACCUGCAUAGCACUCAUGUUUCGACACAAAGCAAGGAAGGAGCAUUCAAGUUCAAUUUUGAUUCAGGAGGGACUCUACAGGAGAGCAAUAGACUUGAUGAAAGUUUCACCAGAAGUUUAUUCUCUUGAAGGCAGUGGAGGACAAUCAAAGGUGGACAGAUGUGAAAUAGCAGCUAUAGCUGGAGAAGCGUAUGCGGAGAUUCUUGACGUCCAAAAGAAUAGAAAGCCUGAAGCACGGAUGGUGAGGGGCUGGGUAAGAGAUGCUUGGAGGAAUCGCAGGAUAUCAAUGGAAGAAGUACUAGACAUAGGACAACCUCCAUCCAAGGUGCCUGUUAUUGAUACUCGAAUCUGUAGGCUUAUUUAAUUUGCAAUACUCUCGAGUUCAGGUUAUUAGGCAUCAUUACAGAACUCAAGAGAGUGAGCAUAUUUUGUACGGUGACAAUGUAUGUAAAUUACUUAAGAAGUACAAGAACUUGAAGAUUGUAGAAUUCUCUGAUACAGUUGAAAGUCCUUUGGUACAGUUACAAUUUCA